AUGGGAAUCAUCCCAACAACAGCCCUUCCGCCCCCAUUCGCAGCUACUUACAUUGACCAACUCGACACCCCCCCAACCGCUCCAGAACACCACCUGCACCACGGGGAAGGGAUGGAGAAGGCUCAGGUCUCGGGCUCACGGCUGGGUGAUGCGUCCCCCGCGGAAUCGUCCACGCCAAGCAUCAUGGCAGGGGACGACGUGGUGCAGGACGCCAUUCCCUCGCGCGACAGUAAACACCCCGCCGCCUCAGAUGCAACAACGACAACAACAAACGUGAAAAUAAUCCCCACAAACCCACUCAGCAUGCCGCCUCCUCAGAUUCCAUUCAAACGUACGCCCUCCCGCGGCCCACUCCCGCCCUCCCAGACCACCCACGUCGUCGUGUUGUCCGGUGCCCCGCCUGGGCUGAUCGAUAUCGAGGCGUUGAAGGCUCAGUUGAAGGUGUUGGAAGCCGGUGAGGGUGGUGUUGGGGGUGGGGAGGGGUCCGCGGAGGGAAGUGAUGAGCAGUUGUCCAAAAGUGAGGGUGGUGGGGAUGUGGCGACACCGCCGUCACCAGCGAGACGAUCGUCGAAACAACCCGCAUCCCAACCCAUCCCGAUGAGGAGACGGAAUUCGACGGGGAGCAUGUUUAGUGAUUCGGACGGCGACGAUGGCGAUGAUAAUGAUAGCGAUAGCGAUCGUCGGGACUCUACCACGCGCGACCUCAACGCCAGCGGCAGUAGCACCAACGUCUUGGUCGUCAACCUCACCCAACCCAUGAUCCCCACCCUCCCGAAACUCAAAGUGCAGAAAACGGAAGAUCUCAAAAACAACAGCGAUGAUAAUCUGGAGGAGGUGAAUGCGAAUUUGAAGGUGGUUGAGAGCCCUGCGAGAAGAUUGAGUGGGGAGUCGGCGCGGCAUGAGGGUGGGAGUUUGGACGUGGGAGGGACAUUGGCGCGGAGUGUUUCGCCUACUCCGGCAGUGUCGACGGCGACGCCGGCGGUAGUAGCUGUCGCGACCACACCACCAGCACCUGUCGUAACCCGAUCCACCGCACCACUGCAAUUAGCAACACCAACAACAACAACACCACCACAACCACCAUCCACUCCAUCCACUCCCGUCGUCACACUCGCGUCGCCGUCCACGACCACCACCACCAGCCCACCGACAUCCGCAACCAAACGCAACGUCACCUUUGCAACCCAAGUGUCGAUCCACACCGCGGACGAAUGGAAAGCGCAGCUGCGCGCGUACCGCAAGGCCAAGAAGCGGUGGGCGAUCGGCGGGAAGCGGUGGAGGGGCCUGGGUGCGCGGAGGAUCACCGAGACGCUUUUUGGGGCGAGUGUGUAG